AUGCGGACGGCAUCAUUACUCUUGGCGCUUGGCGUGACCCAGUUGGGCCUCGCAGCUCCUGUCCCGCAGUCGUGGGAGGAUCUCGUGUUACCCGAGGGCCUCAGCUCUCGUAGCGUUCCGGUCACAAGGGUAUCCAGGCGAUCAACCAAGACCGGCGAAACACCAGACUUUGACUCGAACCGCAGCAGCCUCAACUCCGGAAUCGCCUUUGACAACCGGCCCUUGACACCGUCCGGCACGGUCCCGGCAUCCGAGGCUCUCACAGCGACGCGGCCACUGCACACAGCCUUCCUGCAGGCCCUCUCCAAGGGCAAGGAUGCCAUCAUGGUCAUUGUCGACGUGGAGGACGACGGCACGCCCGUGGUAUCGGCGGUGCCCGUGGCCGUGGCGCAUCACUUCCCCGCGUACGAAGCCAUCGCCGAAGUGGACGCGGCCACGAUCAAGCCAGCAGAGGUCGUCCGAGUCAUCGAGGUCACCAGCGGCGUUGCCAAGAAGAAGAAUUUCUGGGCGACGCAGGCAAAGACGGGACCCGCCCUGUCGGGGUCGACCACGGGCGAGAUGCUCAAGGGCCUCUACGCCGAUUACACGCCGUGCUGGAAGAAGACGACGGCGCGUGUGCAUCGUCUGGCGCGUGGCAAGGCCGACCUCAUCGUCGUCGGUGCUUUCCUGGCCCUGACAGUCAUGCUGUGGACGUUGCAGGUCAUGUCUGGCGUCAUCCUACGGAGCUGCAGCGACUGGCUCGGCUCUCGGAAGGGCACCAUUCGGCUCGAAGGCGGCGAGAGGGACCCGUGCCCAGAAGACUAUGAACUGGAGAAGACGACAGAGACGGUGUAA